AUGUUCCUGCUGAUCUUGCCCUGGCUGAACGUGCUCCUUAGUGCUAGUGUUUCUUCUUGUGAUGCAUUCCUGCUACUACCACAAUCUACCAUUGGCGGUGCCACUCGAACCACAACUACGGAUAGCCAACGAUGGCCAUUGCUCGACGCGUCAUCAUCACAACAAGAAGAAGAUGAUGAAAAGAAGAAACACGUGGUCAUUGUCGGAGGAGGUUGGGCUGGAUUUAGUGCUGCCGAUGCCUUGGCCCACGCUUCCGACAAUACCAAUCUGAAGAUUACUCUGUUGGAUGCCGCUCCUCGUGGCAAAGGAGGUCUCGCCGGUGGAUGGCGGACGCCACAAGGACGUCCUGUGGAAGCAGGCAUUCACGGUUUUUGGAGAGAAUACACCAAUACAUUUGCCGUCAUGGAACGAAUUGGGUUGGAUUUGGACAACGAUGUGCUCACGCCCUUUACUCCAUCGGUAUUGUACUCGAACAAUGGACGAGUUGCCGUGGCACCUGUACUGAUAGAGACGGAAGAAAAGGAGGAACCACCACCAGCACCACAAGAACUAUUGGCCGAGUUGCUACAAUCCGUCGUGAAAUCACCUUUGUCUGCAUCUUCUUCAUCACCCGACAAGAAUCUCCUCAAACCAUUGGCAGCUUUGUUGCCGGUUCCAUUGGAUCUGGCACUCUUGGCCGACUUUGAUUCGUCAUCGGCAGUAUCCUUGACACCGGCCGAUCGCAUUUCAGCCAUUGGAUUGCUCGGUGCGUGGGCCGAUUUUGGACAAGAAGACGAACAAUCGUGGGCACGAUACGAUGCCAUUUCCGCCGAGAACUUGUUCGUACAAAAAGCCGGAGUCACUCAAACGUUGUACGACGAAUUGGUCUUGCCAUUGCUCCAUGUCUUGCCCAUGUGUCCCGGGUACGAUUGUUCGGCCGCGGCCGCACUGAGUUGUUUCCAUGUCUUUGCCUUGCAAGCUCGAGGUGCGUUUGAUGUACGAUGGUGUCGUGGAGCCAUUGCCGAAAAAAUAUUCAAUCCGUGGGCGGAACAAUUGACUUCCAACAACGAUGUGACCAUUCAAGGAAAUUCCAAAGUGGCGUCCAUACAACAACAACAAGACAAGAAUGGAUUCGAAAUCACUCUAGCAGAUAACAACAACAACACUUUGCAGUGCGACGCCGUCGUCAUGGCAGUUGGUGGGACGGCCAUGGGUCGGUUGGCUCCUGAAUCUCCAGCUUUUGCUUCUGUUCCGAUUGCCAAGGAUUUUGACAAACUACGAGGUGUCACGUGUGUGGCAGUACGGCUCUUUCUCAAACCAAAUGAAGUCGUCACCAACAACCUACGGGGUGGUCAAUACGAUGCUACGCAGGCACCUCCCAGUGUCGCUCAAGCCAUGAAAGAGUCUCCCGUCACGGUGUGUGGACCCAAAAUGGGUGGUAUCCCCGAGUUGGAAGGAACUGGCUUUUGCAUUUACGAUUUGCAACGGUUGCACGAUGAAUUUGCCGUCUCCAACAACAACAACAACAACAAUGACACCACGGCGGUUCUCGAAGUGGACUUUUUUCGCGCCGAUGACAUUGCCAAUCUACCCGACGACAAGGUGGCCGAGUUGGCACUCGCCGCCAUUGCAGCUACGUUUUCGUUGCCAACCACACAAAUGCCCACUAGUGAUGAUAUUGUCGAUUUGGCCGUGGUGCGAGCCCGCAAUGCCGUAUCGCACUUUGCCGUACAAUCGGCAUCCUUUUCGCCACCCGUCAAACUGUACAAGGGCAUGUACAUGGCUGGCGACUGGAUCGAUCGGGCCGGUCAUGCCUCGUGGAGCACCGAAAAGGCCGUCGUCACGGGACGGCAAGCGGCGAAAGCAUUGUUGGAGGAUUUUUCUCUCAUUAUGCCACAACAGAAGCAAGAUGUAUGCAGCAUCAUUCCGGCAGCACCCGACAGUCCAACGUUGAGUUCCUUGCGACAAGGAGCCAAAGUGUUGAGAUCCGUUGUGCCUCCACCGGGAGAUGGAGUUCCUGCAUCUCCCUGGUCCUUUGUGAAGAGUGUCAUGGCAAGAGACAGGCAGUUGUCGUAG